AUGAGCCAGAUGGUUGCACUGGUUGCAAACGUCUUGCAGGCGCCAGGACUUUUAUUGAAUGCCUACUGCGCAAGCAAUUUCCGCAAGCGAAUGCGCGAUAUCAAUGGCCGAUUCUUCAUGCCAUAUUUUAUUGCGUUCGUCCAAUCGACUAUUGAUUGUAUAAUCGGAUUGACACACAUUUUGUGUAAUAUAAGUUACUUCCUUCACACACCGAACACAGCCACCGCCGGCAUUGUCUGCAUCCUAAUGUCUGGCGGUUUAAUCGACAUGGCCCUCGGAAUGCGGUCGUUAGUCAACCUAGGAGUUGCCGUUUUCAAUUACAUAAGACUCCUUUACCCGUUCACGUCGAGCCCUCUUCAAUUUAAAACGCUGAUCAUAGUCAGUGCGACAAGUAUAGUAAGUACUGCUUCAAUAGCUGCCAUUGAAGACUUCGUGGAGCUGAAACACAAGGCCACGAAUGAAUCCUGCGCAGUACAAAGCAGCGAGGACAGGACUGGACACAUGCUCCUAAUGUUGGGACGCCUGAUGACACUGUUUGCCUUUGUUUACCUCUAUCUUUUACCCGCACUGGGAACAGUUUAUCUGUAUAAACAAACAAUAGGUUCCCUCAGCCGAGACAUUGCAGACAUGGACAGUAGCUACGAUGAGGAGGGGUCGGGAACCGAUAGCAGUGAUGUCCUGCGCUUGGUCCUCUUAGAGCUCGAGAAGACAAUGAUACUCGACGGCUUAGCCAUGAUUGUCUUCUUCGGCAAUGUAUUUGUCAUUUCGUUCAUACAAAGAUUCUGCUACGCCGCACUCGACGUGGAAAUGAGAAGGGGAUCUGUUGGACCGCAAUUGAGGAGAUUAUUUGCUUCCACUUACUGCACCUUCUACAUUAUAGUUAGUCUGAUAUUAAGGCGGGUCUAUCGUGCUCCAGCAGAGGAUUUGUUAAAACUCCUGAAUUAUAAGCCAAAAAAUAAAGCCAAAAAAUUUUCUGUCGAAUAA